GUGUGUGUCUGUGUGUUUCUGUUUGUGUGUGUCAGUGAGUCUUUCAUUGCAGAUCCUAAACUCUGCUGGUGAGACAGAAACUUCGGCUGUUACUGGACCAUGGGAGGUUAUUAUGGGAUGGCUGUUCUGGUGGGUGUGGCUUUGCUCCUGAAGGCCGCCCAAUACGACGCGAGCUGCGACGGACGUCCAGGCGCGGCAGGAUCCCCCGGCAGGGACGGGUGGGCCGGAGUGAAGGGAGAGAAAGGAGAGCCAGAUGCUGCGAUGGCUGACAGUUCGGUGGAACAAGGCGUCCUCCAGAGGAUGAAGGGCGAGUUGGGAAGUCGAGGUUUGCAAGGAGUCAUCGGUCAGAAAGGUUUCCGAGGAGAUCUGGGAGCAGCAGGUGACCCGGGGCAACCUGGUCCCCACGGCCCGGAGGGGAGAAGCAUCGGCCUUGGUCAAGACGCCUCUCAACACGCCGUUUCAGCUUUCUCAGUGAUCAGGACGGACAGCAGUUACCCUCGAUACAACCAGCCUGUGACCUUCCAGACGACUCUGGUCAACAAACCUGGAGACUUCACUGCAGCCACAGGUUACUUCACCUGCAGAGUACCGGGCGUUUAUUACUUCACCUUUCACUCUGGGGCCAAGGUCAGCAUGUGUCUGCGUCUCGCCAGCGACGCUCUGACCGACAAUCCGCUGGGAUUCUGUGAUUACAACAGGAACAGUGAUCAGGUGCUGUCAGGCGGCGCGGUGCUUCAGCUGACGGUCGGACAGAAGGUUUGGCUCGAGUCCUUCAAGGACCGGCAGACGGAUUCUGAGACAAGAGACACGCAAGAGAAAUCCAUCAUCUUCAACGGCUUCCUGCUGUUCUCCUAACCACCAGCUGGGAACUCACCAGCAGGAAACCGGGGACUGAGUUGAUCCAGGACGUAGUUUUGUCUCCUUGUCAUUGAUGCUGUAAAUCCUGUUUGAAGGUUUGACUGUUUCUGCGAAUGCAACAAAAACUAAAUAAAAGUUUAUUGUCGA